CACCGAUGUCAAGAAUUGACAUUGAUCAAACUAGUAACAAUUUUACGAACAACGUGUUUAGCUCUUUUAUAUGGAACCUUCAAUCGGAGGAGGAACCUAAACUUUCUGUCGAAUAAAAUCCGAGAACAUCUGAUUUUAAAUUGGUACAAAAUCAUAAUUGUUAAAGAUGGCUAAAUCUUCUGAAAAGAAAGGAAAGAGUGCAAUCAAUGAAGUGGUAACUCGUGAAUAUACUGUACAUCUUCAUAAACGUCUUCAUGGAGUUGGAUUUAAGAAACGUGCACCUAGAGCAAUUAAAGAAAUUCGAAAAUUUGCUGAAAAACAAAUGGGUACACCUGACGUAAGGAUUGACACUCGUCUCAACAAACAAUUAUGGUCUAAAGGAAUAAGGAACGUUCCUUUCAGAGUUCGUGUUCGAUUAAGUAGAAGAAGGAAUGACGAUGAAGACUCGGCAAAUAAAUUAUAUACACUUGUAACAUAUAUUCCUGUAGCCUCCUUCAAAGGCCUUCAAACAGAAAAUGUGGAUGCAAGUCAAGAUUAAUACCUUUAUAUUCAAUAAAUAAAUUGAAACAUU